AAAGGAAAACAAACUCCGAAAGUGGUUGUCUUCGUUGUCAGCCAGGGUUCCAAAAAGUUCCAUUCUUCAUCUCUAUCUCUCCAUAAUUCCACUCUGUCAUCCCGCGUCAUCUACUGUUACCAUAUUUCUUUCUCACUGGAAAAAUCCCUGUCGCCCCGUCGCUCUGUUGAAAUUGGAUGCCCAUUUCCGUUCAAAAAGAUUCCGUUCAAAUUCUGAUCCUCUGUGGAAUUUAUUCAACAUCUGGCCUUAUUGGGUUCAAUAGUUCCAAAGCUUGAUUAUUCCUUUCACACCUGCCUUCAAAGCACUUGCUACAUUGCAUUUAUAUUGGGCAGUUAGGAAUUCCAAGUAGAAGUAUUUUAUAUUCAGUUAUGAAAUUCAUUACAUAAUAUAUAGUCAUGAUUUGGAAGAAAAAUAUUGGACAUGCAACACCGUUAUUGCUGUUUCUUCUGUCACUUGGAUUUUUCCUUGCAACAUAUAAUUUGAUCACAGUGAUUAUUCACUACAAAACAGUUGGUUCUGUGAAAUGGAUCCCUGGUGGUUCGGGUAGUCAGCCCUUUCGUGAUCCUGUUGUUGAGAUGCCUAAGAGCAUGAGAAAGCCGAAGAAAGCAAAAUUGUUAUUCCAUAUUGCCUUGACAGCAACUAAUGCUACUUAUAGCAAAUGGCAAUGCCGCAUUAUGUAUUACUGGUACAUGAAGCAGAAGGAUUUGCCUGGCUCAGAGAUGGGAAAAUUCACUCGAAUUCUUCACUCAGGUGGUCCCGACAAUCUAAUGGAUGAUCCUACCGUUGUGGUUGAUCCUCUUCCAGAAGGGCUAGAUCGGGGUUAUGUUGUUCUAAAUCGACCUUGGGCUUUUGUGCAAUGGCUGGAAAAGGCUACCAUAGAGGAAGAGUACAUAUUGAUGGCAGAGCCUGAUCAUAUUUUUCUAAAACCACUGCCAAAUUUGGCUCACGGGGACUACCCUGCCGGUUUCCCAUUUUUCUAUAUUAAACCUGCUGAACAUGAAAAAAUCAUCAGGAAGUUCUUUCCCAAAGAGAAUGGUCCAGUAACGAAUGUCGAUCCAAUCGGCAAUUCUCCUGUCAUUAUUAAGAAGGAUUUGUUGGAGAUGAUUGCACCUACUUGGAUGAAUGUUUCUUUGAGAAUGAAACAUGAUCCAGAGACUGAUAACACUUUCGGCUGGGUUCUGGAAAUGUACGCGUAUGCUGUAGCUUCUGCUCUGCACGGUGUACAACAUAUUCUUAUCAAGGACUUCAUGCUACAGCCGCCAUGGGAUUUGGAAGUUAAAAAUAAGUUUAUCCUGCAUUUUACAUACGGGUGUGACUACAAUAUGAAGGGUGAGUUGACUUAUGGAAAAAUCGGGGAGUGGCGAUUUGACAAGAGAUCACACCUCCAGAAACCUCCACCGAGAAAUAUCCCUUUGCCUCCACCGGGUGUCCCGGAAAGUGUGGUCGCUCUUGUGAAGAUGGUAAAUAAAGCCACCGCUAACCUUCCCAACUGGGAAUCUUUCAUCUGAACCACUGCACGGUAAAAACAACUCUCGGUUUUUAAAUCAAGGAAAUUCCCGUGCUACGUAAAGGAAUCCAAUGCACAAAUACUUCUUGACAAAUCCCGGGACACAUAACAUCAAGUUAAGACAAAAUGUUGGCCACCUAGUCAAGCCAGAAACUCCCGUGAACACAAUUAGGUCAUGUUUACAUUUAGUUUAACUAGAUUAUAGAUGUUUGUGUUGAGCCCCGUCGAGAAUCUGUUUGCGGUGUAACAGGAUAUGUUUUUGAGGUUUAGAGUUUAGAGUCGAGAAUAUAGCAUAGUGGGGAAAAAGGUGCAGAGAGUGAAGGGUGAUAUACUGAUUAUAGUAUAUUAUUUCACAAAAUGAAAUGUCAUUUUUGUCCCA